AAGCACUCUCCCAAGAAAUAGAACAUUUUUUCUAGCAUUGCACACCAAACUGAGCAUGUGCAGAGUGUCCCUGAGGCUCUGUUCUAUCAGGAGAUGAAAUGGGGAAUAAUCAGAGAAGACAGGAUCAAACAUCCUUUUUACACAAUGCAGAGGAUUACCCCUUAGGUUCCACAGUGAGUGUAGCAAGCAUGCUUUACUGCCAGGGGCAGACUGACAACUCAUGGGGCCCCUGGGUGAUAGGGGGUCAUGGGGCCCCUGUGUCCUUGCCCAAACUCAAAAAGCCA